AUGGGAAGGAAAAAGAUAGAAAUCAAGCGGAUUGAUGAUGAACGCAAUCGUCAAGUCACUUUCACAAAGCGAAAGCUGGGUCUCAUGAAGAAAGCUUAUGAGUUGAGCGUGCUUUGCGACUGCGAGAUCGCCCUGAUCAUAUUUAACAGUGCCAAACGUCUCUUUCAGUAUGCCAGUUCGGAUAUGGACCAAGUUCUUCUCCGCUACACCGAAUAUAACGAACCUCAUGAAUCAAAAAACAACAAGGACAUCAUCGAAGUGAGUGUCGAUGUUUUAUUAGUUAUGUAUCCUACCUUUUAUAUCAAAUCACGUGAGGGGUAUGUUUUGGGUUUAUUUCUGCAAAGCCUAUUUUUGUACCCAUUUGUUUUGACGCGAUCAUACUUGGUGAUUAGGGGCUGCUCUCAGCGAUCCAUCCUUUAA